AUGGUCUAUUACGCAUUAAUAAAAUACACGCCUUCUGAGCCUCACUAUCGCUAUAUUGUGGCCGCUCCUGACCCCGAGACAAUUGAUGAAUGGUGGCGGGUGGUGUCUGAGAAGGCGGGCGUUCAAUGGAACCGACUUGCACCGGAUUACUACUCAUUCAACCACGGCCUUGUUUGGGACAGUGCACCGGAAUUCAACGAUCGGCUGAUGUACAGCCUACUCAAUGAUCGCGAUGGCAGGUUCAUGGGUGCGUUUACACAGCAGCCACGGACGGACCACAUCAGCGGCCAGACAUUCUUUAUUCGGUCCAAAUCCAGCCCGUAUAUCUAUUGGGCGGUAAAAGACAACCGCAUCUACGCGAGCAGAUUCAGUCGGACCCGCUUCCGCAUCAAGAUCGAGGGCGAAACCAAACCGAAGGUCAUGAUCGGUAAAGAUAGGAUUUCCAUUACGCUCACGACUAAUUCAGCACAAUACCUGAGCAUCAGCAGCAAUGGGGAACUAAGUGUUGAGGGGAGCGGGAGCGCCGGUGGCAUAUUCUUUAGCCAUUUCAAAAAGGGUUUUCUAGCCGACGGUUAUGAGAUAGGCGAUGAUGUCAAUGCUGCCGUAAGGAGAGUCGGCAACGAUGAUGGCGAAGAAUGGGAGCUCGUACAAUAG